AUGAGGAGAGAUGCUGUUACCAAUGCCGGCGAUUUUUUUGAGGUAAUGACGUUUUUUUUCAAAAUUAUUACAAUUGAGUACACAGUAAGAGGCUAGAACUACAGCUACGGCAAAUAAAUAAAACAAAUUUUUGGAAAAAAAUUGUCAGGCCUGACCUAAAUCUUGCAGUCGUGACGCCCUCCAGGGGCAAUUUCAAUUACUAGUUGUUAUCAGACGUUAAAGCUUGAAAAGGAGCUAAAUCCAUGUUAGGUGCUAAAAGAGGUUUAACAUUGGGUAGCGCAUAUUGCUUGGUUUCUAUUACAGGUAACUCAACCUUGGUUUAGAGGUUAUGUCAGGCCGAGCUCGAUUUUAUAGAGGUUAUGUCAGGCUGAGCUCGAUUUUUGUCUAGACUUUACUAGACCGGGCCGGGCUAAGCAAAUUUAAAAAAGCCAAGUUGAAAAGUUGGGUCCGGUUUAUUACUUAUACAGGUUUAUUUGAAAUACAAAUUCUAAAUUUUUUCACUUAAAAUUCUAUUAAAACAGAUUUAAAUAAGAAAAUCAUGUUUACACUACCUAAAGUUUUUGGUCCCGGCACGAAAACAAAUAGCGCAAAAUAUUUCUUCCAAACUAUCUUUUUUUUCGAAUAAAUUUUUUGUUUUCUUUCUUAUGUGUGCUAGACUAAAAUUGAUUAAAUUUUAAUGUAUUCUAAUGAGGAUCGUAUUUUACAAAUUUUUAAUUUCAGGAUUCAUCACCAAGUUUUGACUCUCCACCAUCGACAGAGUAUAGCGAUGAUGUUAUUGACAAUUCACCGAUCUCUUCGGAUGGCGAAGAGAUGUUUUUCAAUACUGAAGGGCGACACGAACGGAUAUUGUCUGUAGGUAUCUGCUUUGACUUAUUUUUUAUUUUUUUUGAAAAUUUUUAAAAUUUUAAAGUAUAUUUGGUAGUUCAAAUAACUCUGCUCCCCUACCAUCAAAAAUUUGUUUUGAAAGGGCCCAGAAUUAAUUGAAGAAUCUAAUAGAUUUUCGUCAUUUUUAUACACAUCUAUUAGGUUGUGCAAAUAGUUGUGAGCCCCCUUGCAAAACAAAGUUUUGGGGUUAGGGGCACAUAAUUAUUUGAACAACUUAACUAAAAAAAUUUAAAAUAAUUAAAAUUUUGAAAAUUGUUACAUUUCAUUUGAUAAAUACGUAUUUUACAUUUGCUUUUCAGCUAGCCAAGCAAAUUUUGCCUCACGUUGGCUUAUGCAUAUUGUUAUUGCUAUACCUACUGGUUGGUGCUGCCAUUUUUCAACGUAUAGAAGGACCAAAUGAGUUGAUUGUAAGUUGUUUAUCUUGGUUUUGGAACUAUUUUUUGAUUUUUCAAGAUUUCAAUAUUUUUUUCAUCUGCUCUGCUCCCUCCCCCUCCCCCUUUCUCCCCCUCACUUUUUUUAAUUAUUUUACCGCGCCCUUUAUAAAAUUAAAAAAAAAUUUAGGUUAAGCAAAAGGAGAUCUCCAGAAUUCGCACCUUGAAGCAUCGUUAUCAAGAAUCCGUAUGGAAUUUGACCCACAAUCCAGAUACUGUAUUCUCAAAGAAUACCUUUAAUGCCUUGGGGGAAGAAUACUUUGAAAAGUUGAUAAUCGCUGUCUUCAGCUCGUACCGGAAUCAGUUUGUAACUGAAGUUCAUUUACUCAACAAAACUUCUGAAGAUGACAAUCUGUGGACUUAUCGUAACAGCGUCUUCUUUGCUACUACGGUCAUUACUACUAUUGGUAAGUUAUCGUUGUUUACCCUACCGAAUCCUACCCUAUCCUACUCUACUCUAUCUUACUCUACCUCUAUUUACUUUUAGGCUAUGGUCACUUGGUACCAGUAACAUCGACCGGUCGCAUCGUGUGUAUUGUGUUUGCUCUUAUUGGAAUUCCACUUUUGCUGGUGACGAUCGCUGAUAUUGGUCGAUUUCUUUCUGAAUUUUUGAAUUUUGCUCACAUUUCAGCACGCAAGUUUGUUUUUAAAGUAAGUUAUGAUUUAAAAACUUAUUCAGUGAAACAAGCCUACUGUAAUAUAAAUUUUAUUAAAUUUAAAAAGAGUAAAAUACAUUCCAAGUCAAGACAGCAUUGCCAUUUCAAACCCCAUCUUCUAAUCCAACACGUCUUUUGUUAAAACAACAUAAACAAGAUAUGGCAUUCUUCGCAGUCUUUAAGUAGUUGUCGAUACAAGAAGCAGCCAGUAAGGGGUUGAUAGCUGGCAUCAUUAUCAGUUGAAAAUUACCCAAAAAAUUAAUCCAAUCUAUAGUACUAGGGUCUAAUCGGAACAGAGCUAAUGAUCUUGAUAUGAUGAAGAUUGGCGCUACUGUUAAUGAUGGGGUUAUGGCCUAGAAAUGUAUAGUGUUGUCGCUAACAAUGUAUACCUGUGUAGGGACUAAUGGAAAAAGGGGAAUGAGUAGGGCAGGUUUGGGUAGCGAAGGACUGCACAAAGAAAGACAAGAUAGGCCAGGACAAGGCAUGGCAGUGUAAUUCAGGGCAGAUAACAGGGCGGGACAAGCCAGGAAAAACCUGGAAAAGGCCAGAACAAGGCAUGACAAGGUAAUGUAAGGUUGAUUACGGGGUCGGGAAAAGAAGGCAGGCCAAGGAAAACGUCUGUAUAAAGUAUGGCAAAGCAAGCUUAGGAAAAACCAGCACAAAGCAUAGCAAGGUAAUGUAGGGUUGAUUAUAGGGUCGGGCAAGGCAAGUUAGGGUAGAUUAAUGCAGGGCAGGGUAAAGUACCUGAACAACUAGUGAAUUGGCAACCUGUCUGUUGGCUGAAUACCACUUUGUUUUUUCAUUUUUAACCCGAAAUGACUUCAUUACUCUCCUUGCAUAUAUAUAAAUGACUGCGUAUGCUCCAAAGUAGUAAAUAACUCCAAUAAUAUACAGGGUUGAGGCUGUGUAGAAACUGGUUGCCUAAAGGUUUAAAAGUUAUCGUAUCUUCUUAACUGAUGCUUUAGAAAUAUUAUAGAUAUAUUUAAAAAAAGUUACUGGCUCAGAAAUGAACAUCAAUCUAUUCUGGAGCUGCUUAACAACAGAGUUGUUAUACCGGUCGAUUAUAAAGUCUAUUCUAAUUCGGUUCUCUGCCUUGUAAGGAGUAACAUAAGAGAGUGUUCCAUUUACAAAAAAGCAGAGGUCCAAUGUAGGUGAGUAAAGAAAAAGUGAAAAAUUGAAAGUUGGUUAGGAUUUUGUUUCUAAAAAAAUUGUCUUAGCUUAACUAUUAUAUAAGGUUUAUUUUAAUAUCUUUUUAUAUGUGCAAUAACAAAAAAUAAAAACAAAAAUGUUCGUCAAAACUUACCGACAAAUAAUCAAAUAUCGAUAGAUGUAAGAAUAGGCAGCUGCUGCUACAAAUACGUUUAACAGUGUAGCGUAGGCGUAAUAACCAAACAAUUUUAUAUUAAGAGAAAAAAUAUCAUUCAGUUGAUCGGAAAAGGCAAAUAUACAACCAUCUUCAAGUACAAAGUACUAAAAUGGGGCUUUAAUAUGUGUAGAAGCAUUAACCUUAGACUUGCCUUAACUUUGCCCUAGCCUCGUCUUUGUCUUGUCCUAGUAUUGCCCUACCACUAGUCGUAGCCAUUGUUUUAGCCUUACCCUAGCCAAAGCUUAAGCUUACUACACUCUAGUUCUUCUUCUAGCUUUACCUUUAACGUACCCUAGUCACCGAUUGUUAACUUACCGGUCGAAAAAAGUAAGAAAGCAGAGUCAAUGCAAGAUCAUGCAAACAAUUGUAGAGCAAUAUAAUCCGAUAACAUUCCAUUUCAUUUUCAGUGUGAAAUACGAUCAUAAAUAAGAAUAGGCAAUUGCCAAGCAGUGAAAUAACAAAAACUAUAGUCUCAAGUGUUUGUUUUAGGUAUAGUAAAUUAAUCAUUAUAAUAUACUUUAUUAUUACAUUGUAAACUAGAAAAUAUAAACUCAACUUUAUAGAUUUUAACUUUGUAAACAGCAAGCUCAGUUAUAUUUACUCUAAAAGCAGCUACAACAUUAAAAUUGCCUUUAGCAAAGGGCUUUUUAAUUAUGCGCCAGAAUUGAUUUUUUGUAUUUAAAAAGUGUUAUUAGCGAAUUGUCAACAAUAAUUGUCUAGAAGUGUCAUGUUGUAAUUAAAAAACACCAUAACUUCAUUCAUAAUAACACAAAUAACAAAAAAUGAUAUCAACAUUAAUACCAUAACCUUUAAAAAAGUUUUGUCGUUUUUAAAGGGGAAACGUCUUGGUUAAAAGCGACAAGACUUUUUUAAAUGUUCUAUCAUUACCUUUGGUUGAACUAUAUAGCUAAGAACCCAAAGAAAUGUUUUUAUUAUAUGAUAUCUUACUAUGACUUGACACUACAAAAGCAAUUUUUAAAUUUUAUAGGUCCGAGACCAAACCCAUCGUAUCUCUCAUCGAGUGUCUCAGCUAAGCCUACGCCGACGUCUCUCUGCCGCCGCUCGCUCUAAUCACUCUAAAACAACAUCCUCUUCAUCCUCAGACCAAGCAGGCUCCUUAAUUCUCAACGAAAUACCCCCAAAUGAAGAUGACGAACCCAUGCAACCAGACGGUCAACCACUAAGAAUACCUAUUCUAAUGGUACUAGUGGUCAUUCUCAGCUACACUGCCUUGGGCGGGUUACUUUUCCACAAAUACGAGGGCUGGCCCUACCUCGAAGCCUUCUACUUUUGCUUCAUCACCAUGGCCACGAUCGGAUUCGGCGACUACGUUCCGUCGGUGAAUAUGAACAUAGCCAUGGCCAUGACCUACAUCAUCUUUGGCUUAGCGUUGGCUACGAUGUGUAUCGAUACGGCUGGUACUCAUUACAUACGAAAGAUACACUAUGUAGGUACGAAGAUGGAAGAUGCCAGAGGGGUGGUAAUGACCGGAAUACAUCAGAGUGAACAUUUGAUUAAACAUAAAGGUAUUGACAUCAUACGAACGGCCGGAGGGAGGAUAUACAGAGUAAAGGGACAACUACUGACUAGUAGUCAAUCACAACAACUGGACUAUUUACUGAAGAGCACGUACUAUCAAAAGAAUAUUAUUUAUGAACCGUUAUCGCCUCAGGUGUCAAAGUUGGUUAGGGAGAAGAAUAUUAAAGUAGGUGAAGAUUGUUUUGGAAAUGUGAGUUUGAGUCUCAACACUAAAAUUUUAUUUUUUAAUAAUAGAGCUAAUAAUGUCAAAAAAUGUUUUUUAAAAUUAUUCUUUUGAAUUUUAAAAUAAUUUUAAAGUAUUAUAAAACUUUGUUUGGGUGAAAUAUUGAAACAAGUUGAACUAUUUAGAGCUUUAUUACAAAACAACAAAAAUUUUGGUUUUUGGAUCCCACCACGAAAACCCUGAUUUUCAGUUUUUGAUACUUUUUUACACUUUUCUUGAAAUUCUAAUAAUAUGUUUUUAACAAUAUUGUCUGAAAACAAUUUUUAUAUAAAUGGUAACAAAAUUUGUAUAAUUUAAAAUUUUUCGAAAUUUUUUUAAAUUUAAAAAUUUUGAAUUUUCAGAUUUUGCCAGAUGAAAUUUCGAAUUCAGAAUGUGUUGUCGUUCCGAAUCGUGAAGAAAAUAUAAAAAUGUUGAAGCGUUUUAUUCGAAAUUCGGAUUUACGUUCUCCGAAUGCGAUUCAUCGCACAGUAAAACAACAACGGGAUGCUAUGACAACAUCACUGCCACCUAUGCCGUUUGUUCUCAAAGAGUCCUUUAUAUAG